AUGCUGAGGGGAGGCAGGGAGGUGCACACGGGCGCCUUCAUCGCUCGCAUCGAGGAUGCUCUGCGCAAGGCCAGUAUCUACCAGGACGACCUGGCCCAGGCCCUGGCAGCCAGCCUCAUGCCCCUAGACAGGCUGGAGGGCGAGGCAGGGGCGGCGGUGGCCCUGAGCAUGGAGAUGGAGGAGGAGCCGCCGCUCGUCAGAGAGGAGGCCCUGCUGCGGGGCCUGCUGGCCUGGUUCAAGUCCGAGUUCUUCACCUGGACCGACCGGCCGGUGUGCGGGUACUGCGAUGGCAAAGACACCACCCGCCUGGCCCGGACGGCGGCGCCCGAUUCGCGGGAGGCAGCCCACCUGGCUUCGGUCGUGGAGGUGUACACCUGCUCGGCCUGUGGCGCGGAGACCCGCUUCCCGCGCUACAACGACCCGCUGAAGCUGCUGGAGACGCGCCGCGGGCGGUGCGGGGAGUGGGCCAACGCCUUCGCGCUGUGCUGCGCCGCUGCGGGCCUCCGCGCCCGCCAGGCCCUGGACUGGACCGACCACGUGUGGGCGGAGGUGUUCCUGCCGCUGCGGGCGGGGGAGGCGCCGGGGCGCUGGGUGCACGCCGAUCCCUGCGAGGCCGCCAUGGACACCCCGCUCCUCUACGAGGCUGGCUGGGGCAAGCGGCUGUCGUACGUGAUUGCUGUGGACGAGAACGGUGUGGUGGAUGUGUCCUGCAGGUAUGCGCGCGACUGGGAGGCCAUGAAGGCGCGCCGAGUGCUCGUGGACGCAGACUGGUUGAAAGAGUACCUGGCUCAUACGACGGCGCAGCUGCGCAGCCACCUCUCGGCCGACCAACUCGCAGAGCUGGCGGCCAGGGACGCGGCCGACGCGGCCAGGGACCCAAACCCAGUCCCUACCCGCCAGAGGUUGCCGGGCCGGCAGUCGGGGAGCGAGACCUGGGUGGCGUCCCGUGGCGAGGGUGGGGGGAACAAAGCUGGCGCCGCAGACGAGGGCCCAGCCGCAGCUGGGCCGCCCUUGGUGCGAUAUCGCCUGGCCGGGGACGAGGGGGUGGCCGCCCGCCUCCCCGGCCGGCUGACGGGGGGUGCGGUCAGGGCCUCCGGGCAAAACGGCGAGGCGGAGGGCGCUGUGCGGGCGCUUGACGGGGACCCAGCCACCAAGUGGCUGGAUUUCGGGGGCGGCGCCCUCGGCGCGGUCCCCUGGCUCGAGUACCGGGUGCGAGGGGGGGCAGGGAAGGCUGGCGUGGAGGUGGCGCGCUACGUGCUGACCGCCGGGAACGAUGCGCCGGCGAGGGACCCCAAGGCUGUUGCCCUGGAGGGCCAGCGGCCCGGCAGCUCAGAAUGGGUGACGCUGGACGAAAGGGAGGGGCUGUGCUUCCCCGAGCGCGGCAGUGCGCUGUCCUUUGACCUGCCCACCGAGUCGUGCUUCCCCUGUGUGGCCUUCCGCCUGCGCAUCCUGGAGCUCUUGGAUCGAGCGGCAGCCGGGGCGGUGCAGCUGGCGUGCUGGGACUUGUAUGUUGCACAGUAG